AUCGCGGAGUGAGCGUGUCAAGUACUAAACACUCGAGGGAUAGACCCCGAAGCAAGAGCAUUUAUUUCGUUGUAACGGGUGGAAAAUUUCUGUCUGAAAAACAGCUGAAGUCACCUCGGUGGUUGAAACGGGACCAGGGUGGUGUGCACAUUAAAACAAAAACCAAAAAUAAUAAUAAUAAUAAUAGUGAAAUAAAUAAUACUGUGUGUUUUUGGCUACAUGUGGCUGGCUGAAUUGCAUUUUGCAUUAAAUAUCAUCAGCAGUUUUGAGAAUAUCAAGCAAAAUGUCUAAGAACGAUAAUAAAAAUCUCUUGAUCGACAACAGAUUGGGGGGCAGCAAUAAGACGGCACAAAUUGUGCCUGCCCAGCCAAAGACGCUGCAACAUUUACCCAAACGACCGGCUGUGGAUUUGGCUUUUCACAAUUUGACAUAUCGUGUCAAGGAGGGCAAUCGAAGCAAUGCCAAGACCAUUUUAAAGGGAGUCAGCGGUCGCCUGAGAUCGGGCGAACUGACUGCCAUUAUGGGACCAUCGGGAGCUGGCAAAUCUACUUUGCUCAACAUUUUGUCUGGCUACAAAACGACGAGCAUCGAGGGAAGCGUUACUAUGAAUGGCGCUGAGCGUAAUUUAAGUACGUUCCGUAAGUUAUCGGCCUAUAUAAUGCAGGAUAAUCAACUGCACGGCAAUCUUACGGUACAGGAAGCAAUGACAGUGGCAACGAAUUUAAAGCUAAGCAAAAAGUUUACAAAACCUGAGAAGAAUUCAAUGAUCGAUGACAUUUUGUUAACCCUAAGCUUGAGCGAGCAUCGCAAUACGAUGACUCGCAAUUUGUCUGGUGGACAGAAAAAGCGUUUGUCAAUUGCCCUGGAACUGGUUAGCAAUCCGCCAAUCAUGUUCUUCGAUGAGCCCACCUCUGGUCUUGAUAGCUCGACAUGUUUCCAAUGCAUCCAUCUGCUGAAAAUGCUAGCUGCCGGCGGACGAACAGUGAUCUGUACGAUACAUCAGCCCUCGGCCCGUUUGUUUGAGAUGUUCGAUCAGUUGUACACAUUGGCCGAUGGUCAGUGUGUGUACCAGGGUAGCACCAAGCAGCUGGUGCCAUUCCUCUCCACCCUGAGCCUGGAGUGUCCCAGCUAUCACAAUCCGGCAAGUUAUGUUAUCGAAGUGUCGUGCGGCGAGCAUGGCGAUCAUAUUCGCAAACUUGUGGAGGCCAUUGAUAAUGGCAAGCGGGAUAUACGGUCCUCGGCUGAUUAUGCCGGUCUCAAGGCUCGCAAUGAUCUGGUCAAGGUGCAGAACCUGAAAGCCAUACUCGACAAGAACGAUGCCACCUCGAAUGUCAGUGGCAGCAAGUACGAGGACAAUCUGACCCUCAAUAAUACCCUUCUCAAUGGCAUGGUCAACGACAUUGUUAAGGAGAACAACUCGAACACGGAGGUGUCGGUGGUCACCACCAAUGAGAAGGGCGAUGCCAUGAUCGAUGUCGAUAAGACAGUCAAUUGCACAACUGCUUUGCUAACCGAAGAGAUUACAUCGCCCCAACGCUAUCCCACUUCACAGUUCCAUCAAUUCUGGGUGGUAUUGAAGCGAACACUACUUUUCAGUUACCGCGAUUGGACUCUUAUGUACUUGCGUUUGUUUGCCCAUCUUCUGGUUGGCUUUCUAAUUGGUGCUCUCUACUACGACAUUGGCAAUGAUGGAGCCAAGGUACUCAGCAAUUUGGGUUUCCUUUUCUUCAACAUGUUGUUCCUUAUGUACACAUCCAUGACAAUUACAAUUCUAUCAUUCCCACUUGAAAUGCCUGUUUUGUUAAAGGAGAACUUUAAUCGCUGGUAUUCAUUAAAGUCCUACUAUUUGGCUAUAUCUGUGGCAGAUUUACCAUUUCAGGCCAUCUUCUGCGUCAUCUAUGUAUCGAUUGUUUACUACUUCACCUCACAACCCUGGGAGUUAUUCCGCUUCUCAAUGUUCUUAUCGGCCUGUCUGCUAAUCUCCUUUGUGGCCCAGUCCGUGGGUCUAGUUGUGGGUGCUGCUAUGAAUGUGCAGAAUGGCGUGUUCUUGGCUCCUGUGAUGUCUGUGCCAUUUUUGCUGUUCUCCGGAUUCUUUGUCUCAUUCGAUGCCAUACCCGUGUAUUUGCGCUGGAUUACAUAUCUAUCGUAUAUAAGAUACGGAUUCGAGGGCACUGCUCUGGCCACCUAUGGCUAUGGACGUGAGAAACUGAGAUGCUUCCAGACCUAUUGCCACUUCAAAUCGCCCAUCACCACACUGGAGGAACUGGACAUGGUGAAUGCCAACUUCACUUUGGAUAUUGUUGCCCUAAUCGUGAUCUUUGUGGUGCUACGUAUAUCGGCAUAUCUGUUUUUGCGCUGGAAGCUAAAGACGACACGUUAAUCUUUUUAGGGGGUUCGGUUCUGUGAAAAGCUUUCUUUGUACCUAUAAUUAUUAAUUGUCUAAUUGUGUUAUUUAAAGUAAUCGCGUAUUUCGGGGUCUUUUAUAUUUCAUUUGAAUAAUUAUUGUUUGAAUGAUCUUUUGCUUUUUGGUUAUCUUUAGUGAUAUGUAUAAACGUAAUGCCUAAGCUGAAUUCCAGCCGAAACGAAAAUUAGCAAAAAUUUUUCUAACCUUUUUGAUCAAAGUAAAUUAAUUAAAUGUACAAUUUUACAAGUGGAACAAUUAGAAACUAAGUGAUAUAUAUAUAGAUGUCUAAACAUAUGUGAACAAAAUUUUAUUUUUCAAAUACAUUUUUAUGUAUAUUUUACAUAUAUAUAUAUACAUAUAGAAAUUGCAUUAAGUAUAUUUGAGCGAAAAUAAUAUAUUUCUGAAUUUUA